AUGGCACCAGACUGGGGCAUGAUUCAAGUUGUUAUUGGCCUUGCUGUGCUGGUGUUCGUAAUGCCGCCCCAUUGGGCGGUCCUCCUGCGCGACGCCUUCCGGACCCUCUACUUGAAAUGGAAGCCACGCGAUGGCCAGUGUGAAUACCUCUCCUACGCAGAGAUGACGCGGGAGCCCGAUACACCUGUGCAUCAUUGCCGGAGGGCUUGUCCACACACCCAUAGGCGGCAUAUUGCUGGCCAGACUUGCUGGCAAACCACCAUCAGUGACUUCUUCGACCCAAGAUCAUUCAGGAGGAAGAUUAUAGAGAAACCUACCGAGAAGCUCCCCCUCCAGCAACGUUAUCUGUGCCUGGACAGAGAAGUCCUCCAUGCCUUCAUCCUCUGUAUGAUUCCAGCUUCCUUCGCACCCAAGAAGAUCGAGUUGGCGAGGGCGACGGAGACAUUCGAAGAAGGAUUCUUGAAGAUUGAUGUCAAAUCCAGAGGAGAGGAUGGGUCGGGUCCUGUAGUGCUGCACAUCGCCCAUAACCCAGUGCCGUCAGUUCAAGUCCCAUGGAACCACAGUCUAACGGCACACGAGAUCAAGUGCAUCCUGGAACAUUAUCCUCCAUAUUACCGAAAGACUCUAUACUACCACCACAGGCCUAUCCCAUCGCCAAUCCGAAGCUUUGAAGACGUCAAACGAGGGGGCUGGGUUGUCGCAGUGGGCUUGACGAAGUGCGAACCCGUUCCGGUAUACAUGGAUAUUUUAGACGAUCCAAUCAACAACCGCGGUGCCGUCUUUUGGCGAGCAAUUCGGCGAGUGAAGGCCAUUAUCCAAAACAACAUCCAGCCGCUCUUUCAAGAGCCGGGAGAGGCAAAAGAUAUUUGUGCCGUCAUGAGACUACUCGAUUAUGUUCUUGAGGAAAUGACGGAUAGUGGAUUGGGUGGCAUCAUUGUUGGGAGUAGACUGGUCGACCCGGAUGCGCUGGAGAGGCUUACAGUCGAUCAAUGUCAGCAAGCAAUCCAAAUUUUCAACAACUCACCUCGUUUGGAUACAGAAGGUUUGGAAAGGGUUCGCGAAACCUUGUCGCCGAUUCUUCUCCAAGUUCUGUGCGGGAUAUAUUGGGGAGUGCAUUUGUGCAUAAUAUGUGUGAAGAAUCCCGGUAGGGAGUUGAAUCGGAUACUUCCUGAAGUUUUGAUAGACGAAGACAGGUUUUACUUACAAGGUUGCUAA